UUUAUCUUCUUAAAAUUAAAUUGUAAACCUAACCCUAACCACGCUACUAACCCUUGCCUAACCCUAACCUUAAAUGCAGACCACAAAGCAAAUAGUUGUUGUAGGCUCGUAACCAAUUUUGACUUUGUGGCUGAGGAAUCUGACUGUGGAAGCUAGUGGAAACCACCCAACUCCCUCCCACCUGUCCUUAUCCCUAGACUGCGUUGCCGUGGCAACACUCAGCCAGCGUUGUGCGCUGGUGUGUUGUGCAAAAAUGGAAAGGAAGAUGGAGGAGAACAUGAGAGACGUCGACGCUGGCAGUGAAGCUGGAGGAGAGGAUGCCUUAGUGGGCAAUGUGAACAAGCUGAUGGUGACUCCACCAGGAUACACAGGAGUUCCACGGAAAGGCCACCUUGUCUUUGAUGCUUGCUUCGAGAGUGGUAACCUUGGACGUGUUGAUUACAUCAGUGAAUUUGAGUUUGAUCUGUUCAUCAGACCUGACACCUGUAACCCUCGCUUCAGAGUUUGGUUCAACUUCACAGUGGAAAAUGUGCGGGAGACACAGAGGGUGAUUUUCAACAUUGUCAACUUUAGCAAGACCAAGAGCCUGUAUAGAGAUGGCAUGUCUCCAGUGGUGAAGUCCACCAGCCGACCUAAAUGGCAAAGACUCCCGACUAAGAAUGUGUACUACUACCGUUGCCCUGACCAUCGGAGAAACUACGUGAUGUCUUUUGCCUUCUGCUUUGAUCGAGAGGAUGAUGUGUACCAAUUUGCUUACUGCUACCCCUACACCUACACCAGACUGCAGCACUACCUGGACAGCUUGGAGUGCAGGAACCUGGACUACCUGCAGAGGGAGCAGCUGGGGCUCAGUGUGCAACAGCGACGUCUUGACCUCCUAACCAUCACCAGCCCUGCUCAACAGAAUCCAGAGAAGGUGAAGAAGCUAGUUGUCCUCACAGCCCGUGUACACCCUGGGGAGUCGCCUGCAUCCUUCAUCUGCCAAGGAGUGAUUGACUUCCUAGUCAGCCAGCACCCUGUGGCCCAAACCUUGCGUGACCAUGUCAUCUUUAAGAUUGUACCCAUGCUCAACCCUGACGGCGUCUACUUAGGCAACUACAGGUGUUCUCUGAUGGGCUUUGACCUUAACCGUCAUUGGCAGGAGCCAUCCCCCUGGGCCCACCCCACCCUCCACGCCGUCAAGCAGCUCAUCGUCCAGCUCAGUCAAGACCCAGUAGGGCUAGAGUUCUACAUUGAUGUUCAUGCCCACUCCACCAUGAUGAAUGGCUUCAUGUACGGGAACGUGUUUGAGGAGGAGGAGAGAGUCCAGAGACAAGCCGUGUUUCCUCGCCUGCUCUGCCAAAACGCCCCAGACUUCUCCUUUUCCAACACGUCAUUUAACCGUGACGUGGUGAAGGCUGGCACCGGGAGGCGCUUCCUGGGUGGCCUGCUGGACGACACGUCCUACUGCUACACCCUGGAGGUGUCCUUCUACAGCUACAUGGCAGCGGGGAGCACGUCGCCCGUUCCCUACACAGAGGACACCUACAUGAAGCUUGGAAGAAAUGUUGCCCGCACCUUCCUCGACUACUACAGGCACAACAACUUCAUUGAUGACAACAAACUACAAAUCUCAAAUCACAUCAACAGUAUGGAGGUAUUGUCCCAGGGUCGACAGGGGAAUGGAAAUGGGAAUGGGAGGACUUCUGGGAGUGAGAGAAGAGCAGAGAGGAAGAACCAGAGUAUCACAGGAGAGUACUAGACACCUGGCAAUAACAUACUGGAGAGACCAGUCCAGUCUGACCACUGUAUAAGGUUCCUGACUCACAGCCCUACACUAUAUCCACACAGCCCUACACUAUAUCCACACAGCCCGACACUAUAUCCACACAGCCCUACACUAUAUCCACAC